CACCUAUAUAUGCCCAUCGAAUUAGUUAAUUUUGAUAGCGCAGAUGUUAGGAACUUUGCACAACCUAUUCUUAAUGCAGCAGUGGCAAGCACCAUCCUCAAUCAUUAUGGCUUUACCUAUUGCAACCACCUAAAACAAGAUCUCUGUGGUAAAUGUUGCUUGGCACAAUGUGCUAUGGGUACUUUCCAAAUUCGUGGUACAUAUGACUGUGGUCAGUUAAUACAUUACAACGAUUGUGUAUUCGGGGGAGAUUGCGUGAAUGAAUCGACUAUCCGAUGUACUGGACUUCCAGAUGGUUGCGCCUCUUUCGAUUGUACUACUCCAGGAGAUGAAGGAACGUAUGACUGUCCAUAUGAUAAUAGUUGCGGUGUGUGA